GUAUCGCUCUCAAGCUGCUCCUCUUCCUGGAGUGAAGCACAGCCUGAUAACCCUCCCUCUUCUUCCUGCUCUUAAACACAGCACCUCCUCUCUGUCCACGUGUUUCCUCGUUCCCUCCCCUUCAGAUCUACACUUUGAACAUGGGUGUAACCAACAUGUGGUGACGUGUAAGAGCUGACAGGCUCCAUUCACUGCAGAAACACAUGUUGUUGAGAUCAGAGCUCAGACUGGUUUCAGUUAUAAGGAAGAGAAACUCACACAGUCACUGACACUGAGAGGAGAAAUGGCACAGAAAGGAGUUCAGCUGGACCGAGAAACCUUCUCUUGUUCCAUCUGUUUGGAUCUACUGAAGGAUCCGGUGGCUAUUCCCUGUGGACACAGCUACUGCAUGAACUGUAUUAAAGGUUUCUGGGAUGAAGAGGACAGGAAGGGAAUCCACAGCUGCCCUCAGUGCAGGAAGACUUUCACACCGAGGCCUGUCCUGGAGAAAAACAUCAUGUUAGCAGGUUUAGUGGAGCAGCUGAAGAAGACUGGACUCCAAGCUGCUCCAGCUGAUCACUGCUAUGCUGGACCUGAAGAUGUGGCCUGUGAUGUCUGCACUGGGAGGAAGCUGAAAGCCAUCAAGUCCUGUUUAGUCUGUUUAAUUUCUUACUGUGAGAAACACCUCCAACCUCACUGUGAUGUAGUUCAGUUUAAGAAACACAACCUGGUGGCCCCCUCCAAGAAGCUCCAGGAGAACAUCUGCUCUCGUCAUGAUGAGGUGAUGAAGAUUUUCUGUCGUACUGAUCAGCAGAGUAUCUGUUAUCUCUGCACAAUGGAUGAACAUAAAGGCCAUGAAACAGUCCCAGCUGCAGCAGAAAGGACUGAGAAGCAGAAGGAGCUCGAGGUGAGACGACUAAACAUCCAGCAGAGAAUCCAGGAGCGAGAGAAAGAUGUGAAGCUGCUUCAACAGGAGGUGGAGGCCAUCAAUGGCUCUGCUGAUAAAGCAGUGGAGGACAGUGAGAAGAUGUUCACUGAGCUGAUCCGUCUCAUCCAGAAAAGAAGCUCUGAUGUGAAGCAGCAGGUCAGAUCCCAGCAGGAAACUGAAGUGAGUCGAGUCAAAGAGCUUCAGGAGAAGCUGGAGCAGGAGAUCGCUGAGCUGAAGAGGAAAGACGGCGAGCUGGAGCAGCUCUCACACACAGAGGAUCACAACCAGUUUCUACACAACUACCCCUCACUGUCAGCCCUCAGUGAGUCUACACACUCAUCCAGCAUCAAUAUUCGUCCUCUGAGCUACUUUGAGGAUGUGACAGCAGCUGUGUCAGAGACCAGAGAUAAACUACAGGACAUUCUGAGAGAGGAAUGGACAAACAUCUCACUGACAGUCACUGAAGUGGAUGUUUUACUGUCACCAGAGCGAAAGACCAGAGCUGGAUUCUUAAAAUAUUCACAUGAAAUCACACUGGAUCCAAACACAGCAAACACACAUCUGUUAUUAUCUGAUGGGAACAGAAAAGUAACAUUAAUGAAACAACAACAGUCUUAUUCUGAUCAUCCAGACAGAUUCACUGGAAGGUAUCAGGUCCUGAGUAGAGAGAGUCUGACUGGAUGUUGUUACUGGGAGGUGGAGUGGAGCGGGGUCAACGCUUGUGUAGCAGUUACAUACAAGAAUAUCAGCAGAACAGGGAAGGGCAGUGAAUGUGGAUUUGGAAAUACUGACAUAUCGUGGGCAUUAUAUUGGUACGUAAAAAGUUUUACAUUUUGGCACAACAAUGUCCGAACUGACCUCUCAGGUCCUCGGUCCUCCAGAGUAGGAGUGUACCUGGAUCACAGAGCAGGUAUUCUGUCUUUCUACAGCGUCUCUGAAACCAUGACUCUCCUCCACAGAGUCCAGACCACAUUCACUCAGCCGCUCUAUGCUGGACUUUGGCUUUGGAAAGAUGGAGACACUGCAGAGUUGAUUAAAGUCAAAUAGAGAAGACAGGUUCAUGUUGAUCCCUGACCAUUAUAUGUACUUGUGUAGUUUCUAAAUGAGGCUUUACAUUUUAGAAGCUGAGAAGUUCAGUGGUCCAUUGAUGUGUGAAAAUAAUAUUGCACUGAUUCAAACUGUACUUACAUUUAUAUACCUUACAUCAAUAUAAAUCUGAAUUUGUUCUUAUGGCUGAUAAUCAUGUGAGUUUAAAUGAUACUACUCUUCAUAUUCAGCAUGUUUGAAAUCUGUCAUCAGUCUGGUUAGUGGUUUUAUUCUGUAGUUGCUGUAGUGGGUUGUCAAAUGCAACAAUAUACUGGAGCUGCAGUGAUUCAUCAGUAGUGUAGGGACUAAUGCGUUACAGUAACUACGUUAUUAUUGUGGUAACGAGCACGGUAACUAGUUAUUAUGCCAAAAGGGCAGGGCAGCUGUGGCUACAAUGUAGCUUGCCAUCACCAGUGUGUGAAUGUGUGUGUGAAUAGGUGGAUGACUGAAUGUAGUGUAAAGCGCUUUGGGGUCCAUAGGGACUAAGUGAAGCGCUAAAGAAAUACAGGCCAGGCCAAAUACAGGCCAAAAUCAGGAAUACGUUAAUCAUUACUGGGAUUUAGAUGGGUCGUUAUUCGUUACUUUGUGUGUUGCGUUCGACUUACCUCGGAAAUCGGAACACAGACCUGGGAAUAAUAUCACACUUGAGUAAACGGUGUUCUGGUUAGCCUCGUCAGAGAAGUCGGGAUUCCAAUAUGGCAAUGCCUUACAAAAACAAAUUACUACUAAACACAUAUGCAGCCAUAGCUGGACUCGGUGCGCCGUUAGCGAUUUUUCUUUUUUAUGGGCCGAUGUUUUUUUUGUUUUGUUUUUUCCCCGUAACAGUAUAAACAAUGAAAGGUGGUGGAUUGGCCAGAUGCUGGGAGAUGUGUAAAGCUAACUCAAUUGUUCUAUACUGCUGGGCGGGUGGUGUGAUGUUACUAAUAGUGAACUUUAUUUUAUUCAUAAGGUUAGUUAGUAGAGUUGCCAACCAUCCCGUAAAAAACGGAGUCAUCCCGCAUUCAGAGAAAAUA